GCACUUGUUACUCUUUUGGUAAAAACCUCUAGAAAAUCUAGGUACUUCCUUCAUGGUUUCUUUUCGUUUUUAUAUUUCUUUCUUUUUCUUCAUGUUGUUCUUUGCUUAAUCUUCAUUUUAACGAACCUGUUUGUGAUCGGCCACUCGAGUUGUAAUCGUACUCUUGGUCAUUAAACUGUUUCUGUUUUCUUUUUCUAUCUCUGUCUCUGUUUGUUUCCCGGGAAACCGUUUCGAUUCCCCCUUUUUUUUUCACCUUUUAUUUUGUUGUUCUUCCCAUUCUUUUGCUUUUAAAGGUCUCUGUCACUGCGUGAUCUACCGUCUACCAUUAUUUGGAGAAUUAUGGAACACUUCCAAAACGACGAUCUUGAAUACGUUGUCGAUGACUACCACGAUGUCAAUGAUUUCGAACACGACGAUCCUUUCGCCGAAUCUGAGCCUCAGAGAGACACCGCUGAUUUUGACUCCUUUGACUCCGACUUUGAAGACGAUUUUGAAUCAAAUAAGCCUAAAACUGAUACAUCAGCUGUGGAAGCAAGAAAUGGAAAAGAUAUACAAGGAAUUCCAUGGGAGAGGCUUAAUUUCACAAGAGAUAGGUAUCGUGAGACGAGAUUGAGGCAGUACAAGAACUACGUGAACCUCUCUGGUUCUCGCGAAGAGAUUGAAAAGGAGUGCUUGCAAGUAGAGAAGGGAAAGGCCUUCUAUGAUUUUCAGUUUAACACAAGGCUUGUUAAAUCGACAAUUGUGCACUUUCAGCUGAGAAAUCUGUUGUGGGCUACAUCAAAGCAUGAUGUGUACCUCAUGCAAAAUUACUCAGUAAUGCAUUGGUCAUCACUGCUACGCAAAGGCAAAGAAGUGCUGAAUGUGGCUAAGCCAAUUGUUCCCUACCUGAAACGUCCUGGAUUGCUAUCCCAGCAACUCUCUAGGGUGCAGAUUAGCACUAUGGCAGUUAAAGAAAAUUUAAUGGUGGCAGGUGGUUUUCAGGGGGAGCUUAUUUGCAAGUAUUUAAAUCAACCGUGGGCAUCAUUCUGUACAAAAUUAACUGCUGAUGACAAUGCAAUCACUAAUGCGGUGGAUGUUUACCAUACUCCUAGUGGUGCAAUGAGAGUUAUGGCUGCAAAUAAUGAUGCUCAAAUCAGAGUUUUUGAUGCUGAAACUUUUGCUAGCCUUAACCAUUUCUCAUUCGACUGGUCUGUAAAUAAUACCUCUGUAAGUCCAGAUGGCAAGUUGCUUGCAGUUCUAGGAGAUAGUGUGGAGUGCCUGAUCGCUGAUGCUCAGUCUGGCAAAGUCACUAGCUGCCUAAAAGGGCAUUUGGACUAUUCUUUUGCUUCGGCUUGGCACCCUAAUGGGCACAUUCUGGCUACUGGGAAUCAGGAUACUACUUGCAGAUUGUGGGACAUAAGAAACCUAACCAAGUCCCUUGCUAUAUUGAAGGGAAGAAUGGGAGCAAUUAGAGGUGUAAAGUUCACAUCAGAUGGUCGAUUUCUGGCCAUGGCCGAGCCUGCAGAUUUUGUUCAUGUCUUUGAUACAGAGACUGCGUAUGUUAGUUGCCAAGAAAUUGAUAUUUUUGGUGAGAUUGCUGGAAUAUCCUUUAGCCCAGAUACAGAAGCUCUCUUUGUUGGGGUUGCUGAUCGCACUUAUGGAAGCUUGAUAGAGUUCAAUCGCAGGCGAUAUAACCAAUAUUUGGACUCCAUCUGGUAGAAUGCAAGUCGGCCAAUAUCUCUAUCAGAGGCAUAUAGAUUAUUGUUAAUAUUUAGCACAGGAUAGUUUCAAAAUUGGCUGGAUAAUUGGUAUAUACCUUACCGGGCGAGAGGAGCAUAUUUAAUUUUAAAUUGGCGUGUGGUUUAUGUGAAGGUGAAUUUUUUAAUAGCAUAAAUGAAAUGAAAAUUUUUGCUUUUUGUAAAGCUGGAGUCCAUCUUAUGUUUAUAUGUAUAUACAUAUACAUAUACAUAUAUAUAUAUAUAUAUAUAUAUGAAGUCACAGUUUAGUUUGGAGAUAAGAGAAAAAAUUUUAAGUAAUGAAAUGUAAAUCAUAUAGUAGUUAAAUGAUAUUUUGUAUUUUUGCGCUUACCUGACCUUGCUUUG